AUGGCGCGCAUAGACGACGCGCGGCAGCGCGGCGUGUUCGGCGCGGCGCUGCUGAUCGGCGCGCUGGUGUUCCGGUGGGCGCUGGACACUCACGGGUGCCACGUGGCACAGCUGCUGGCCAUUGACGACACUGACGAGUACCACGCUAAGCUCGUGAAGUACUAUUCCCGGCUGGGCAUGCGCGCGGUAAGGGUGGUGGAGGGGGGGUCGCUGGGGGAUGUGCCGCACAUGCUGGUGUGGGGGGGCGCCGGCACGCUCAUGGAGGGCGAGAUUCUGCCGCUGCUCACCCGAUGGGCCCGGGUCUUCCCUCCCGCUGCUCCUGCUCCUGCUCCUGCUGCUGCUGCUACUGCUACUGUACCUGCUGCUAGUGCUGCUGCUGCGACUGGUGCUGCUUCUGGGAGGAGUGGUGUUUCGAGUGACUGA